UUGCGGUGUGUGGGGUUUUCACUUUUCCGUUAAUUCCGAUUCUUCCGACCCAAAUUGCUAUCAAAAGGACAAACCCCCUUUCCCGAAUUUCCAAGUUCCAACGAUCUGAAGCCAUUUUUUACUUCCUUUGGUCGCUCUCGCUAUCCACGGAGAAACCCUAAUAGCCGUAGACGAAGCCAAUGUGGCUCUCACAGUGGCCGCCCCUCUGCAGAACAGGAAGAUAUCAAGGUUCUCCUUCUACUAACAUUGUCGUUCGUUCUCCUUCCGGAUCUAUUUGGCGCCAGACUGCGAGAUUGUCAAAUUUUCCAUGAAAUUUGCUCAAUCUGAAAGUGCUAUUCUCUAAAAAUAUUUGCCUUGCGGCCCUUUUUUUUUUUUUUUUCUUCUCUUCUUGGCCAUAUUUUUGGCUGUAUCGAUUUAUUGUGCCCAGUGAUGCAUCUGAUCUCAAGCCAUUUAUAGUCAGAUACAGCAUUUGUGCUGGGUUUUGAUAUGGGUAAAGAAAAUGAUGGUAAAGGAAGCAAGGUGUCUGAAACUUUAUGCAGUUUCCUCAGAAAAUGCAUGUUUUGUGUGCUUUCUGUUGGUCCUGUUCCCAAUCAUAUCAGCUUCAUCAUGGAUGGGAACCGAAGAUAUGCUAAAAAAAUGAAAUUGACCGAAGGGACUAGGCAUCGGGUUGGAUUCUUGGCCCUCAUGUCCAUGCUUAAGUACUGUUACGAACUUGGUGUGAAAUAUGUAACAAUUUAUGCCUUCAGCAUUGAUAAUUUUAAACGAAGUCCAGAUGAAGUUCAAUCUUUGAUGGAUUUGAUGCUGGAAAAGAUCGAAGGGUUAAUGAAAGAAGACAGCAUGGUUAAUCGCUAUGGUGUUAGGGUUUGCUUCAUAGGGAAUCUAAAGCUGUUGAGUGACUCUGUUAGGUUAGCAGCUGAGAAGGCUAUGCUUGCCACUGCUACUAAUUCCAAAGCAGUGCUCUCAAUUUGUGUUGCAUACACUUCCACUAAUGAGAUUGUUCAUGCUGUUCAAGAAUCUUGUGAAGAAAAAUGGGAUGAAAGAGUAUUAAAUGUGAGCAAAGCCAGCUGUGAAAAGGAUGGUGAAGAGCACUUUGUAAAUUUAGCUGAUAUUGAGAAGAAUAUGUACAUGGCAGUUGUGCCUGAUCCUGACAUCUUGAUUCGUACUUCUGGUGAGACGCGCUUGAGCAACUUUCUUUUGUGGCAGAGUGCAUACUGCCUUCUGCAUUCUCCUUCUGCGCUUUGGCCAGAAAUUGGUUUUUGGCAUCUGAUUUGGGCAGUUUUGAACUUCCAAAGAAAUUACUCUUAUUUGCAGAAAAAGAACAAGCAACUUUAAAUUUUGCAGGUCAGGAAUGGUUUCUUACAUAUCGGGAUUACAUGGUUGAUUUUUGGGCUGAACAAAUUGAAGAUAGGUUGGAUUUGUUUUCUGUGUCACUACGGGUGGGAUGUGGCUGAUUUUAUUUUAUUUUGUCGUUUACCUAAAUUUUCAGAAUCUUUUCUCUUGUAUGAUAGAAGUUCAAUGUUAAUGUAUUGGCAAAAAAACCCAUAAUUUUCCUAA